AUGCUCACAAUCACCGACUUCAUCAACAUCCUGCACCGCUACUACCGGUCACCCUUGGUGCAGAUCUAUGAGAUCGAGCAGCACAAGAUUGAGACCUGGCGAGAGGUUUACCUGCAAGGCUCCUGCAAACCCCUCGUCUUCAUCUCCCCCAACAACAGCCUCUUUGAUGCUGUCUACUCACUGAUCAAGCACAAGAUCCACCGGCUGCCUGUGAUCGAGCCGGUGUCGGGCGACGUCCUGCACAUCCUCACGCACAAGCGCCUGCUCAAGUUCCUCCACAUCUUCGGCACGACUAUCCCGAAGCCGCGGUUUCUGCAGAAAACUAUCCAGGAGCUGGGCAUCGGCACCUUCCGCGACGUGGCCAUGGUGCACGAGGCAGCGCCCCUCUACGACGCCCUUGAGAUCUUUGUCGCCCGCCGGGUCUCUGCCCUGCCGGUCGUCAAUGAAGCUGGGAAGGUCGUGGGGCUGUACUCCCGCUUUGAUGUCAUUCACCUGGCGGCACAGAAGACCUACAACAACCUGGACGUGAGCGUGGGCGAGGCCCUGCGGCAGCGCAGCCUCUCCCUGGAGGGCGUCCUCACCUGCUACCCCCAUGAGACCAUGGAGGCCGUCAUCGACCGCAUCACCAGCGAGCAGGUCCAUCGCCUGGUUCUGGUGGACGAGCAGCAGUUCCCGCGGGGCAUCAUCUCGCUGUCCGACAUCCUCCAGGCACUGGUGCUCACGCCCGCAGGUAGGCUCUGCCCCCCUACCACCCCCCACCCCCACCGCAUGCCCCUGCCUGGCUGCCCUGGGGCUGGGAGGGCCCUGUGCCUGCCUCGCGCUCAGGUCUGUAUCCCGUGCCGGCAAAUCCCUUGGCAUCUCCGCAUGCCAUGAACGGGCACCCCCAUGCACCCAGCCUCCACUCCCUGGCUGCAGCUGUCCUGUCGGCCCUGACCCCCCACCCCCACCAGUCCUUGUGCCCCUGGCAGAGGAGCCCCUGAAAUGCAGCAGGUGGAGAUCUGUGGGCAGGCGGGGGGAGGAUGGGGUGUUUCCAUCACCCCCUGGUUCAGGUCUGGUGCGGCUAGGAUCUGGAACCCGCUUCCAAAAAAGGGAGGAGGGAGGGA